AUGAUGGCUUGGUGCUGUCACAUGGGCGGGCUGUUCUUAUUGCGAAGUGGGUCACCAGGAUAUGGCUGCGUGCCUAGAAUCCACAUAGACCUCAGCACGAGAAGCAGCUGCGAGCCUCUGUCCGCGUGGCGGGGACGUGGUCAAGAUCGGGUUGUACGCUUGCACUCUUUGCGCCGCUGCGUGCGUUGUGUUUCCCAGCGACCAUCCGACAGCGAGAGCGGCCAUGCCAGCGCGGCAGUACGGACGCUCCCAGCCGCCCGUUCAACGCUGCCGACGAAGCGCAUGCCUUCUGCACAGUAA